AUGAUGCAGAAACUUCUGAUUCUCGCCGUUCUUUGUUGCCUGUUGUACUCGACGAUGGCCCAGUGGGGAUACGGAUAUCACCCGUACGGUGGAUACGGUGGAUACGGAUACAGACCCUAUGGUGGAUAUGGAUAUGGCCGUGGAGGAUAUGGCAUGAACCCGGUGCAAGGAGCACUUCGAGGAGCUGUGAUGGGCGGUAUGAUGGGCGCGAUGAUGGGA